AGUCUGCUGGUUUACCUAAUAGAGUAACCUAACCUUCACGGAGUGACCUUCCUGAAGGUCUAUUGUCUGGUCAAAAAAAGGAUGCUGCUAAUCUCGCCAAGUCUAAGAAGAAGUAAUGUAUAGAAGUCAACCGUAACAAAAUGGCGUCUAUGAUCCUGCUUCCGUGGCCGUUUGCAGCGCGCCGCUACCUCGUGACCGCACUAUUUUGCUGCCUCUUUCGUUUUACGGAUGCAUAUGCGCUGAAGCAGUCGCUGAUCACCUCGUCUGAAGAAGCACAAAGUUCAUCCACUAGUUCUGAAUCGAAAGCACAGCAGAUGCCCAGAGGUUUCACGGCGUGCCAGAAUUUCAUGCGGAACCGGAAGGCCCAAUUGGUCGCUGGCCCAGACUUGGUACAAGUCGUUGGCACCAUGUGCAAACCUGCAAUUACCGCAGGUGCGGCCGGAUACCGAUAUCAACGAGGCUGCCAAGAGAUGGAGAAAAUCACAGCGGAGAAAUAUUAUGAGUCAUCGUACUAGUAAUUGUCCUAGUGUAGUUGUAAAAACUACCAUUCUUUCAACAUCACCUCUUGUUUCAGUGAAUCCGAAAAAGAUUAUAGCUCUAAAAAAAUGCGGAAAACGAAAACUGGGAUCCUAGCGCACUAUGCAUGGACGUGAUGACGAUUUUUAACAGCUACGCGCCGACCAAGUAAAAGUUCUGCUUUCAAGAUCGAUAAUUGAGUUGAAAAGUUUGUAUACUUGACAAUGUCAUUUUUUUUUUCCAAGGAGGGUCUCGUUUGAUAGAGUCCCCAGUUUGUAGCUGUAUAGAGUCAGUCUUGUUUGACAUGAAGGACGAGGUCUAGGACGAGGACGAGAUAUCUUGAUCUCGCGGAGUGUUGAUCGUUCUAGUUGGUGAUUUUCUACUCAUCGCAAGUAAGAAAAGACGUAAUAUGCUUAUAUAUAACAAUGACGAGCGGUGAUCCCUUUGUAACCCUAGUAACCUCAGACAAAGCUCCUUGUUGAAAAUACAUCUGAGCCAACACCACUGAUCAUCACGCAGCACCUUCGACCAGGAGGACACGCUUCUACCUGAGGAGCAGGUGUCAUCUUCAUGAUCGCUAGGUAUAAAAAUUAGUAAGUUAGUAGCUAAAAACACGAGGAGUUUCUGUCAGAAAGUUAUGGAUCUCCGCGAGCAGGAAAGAAACUGUUUCUGCGAGAACACUCUGCACACCCACGGUCAGUAAAGAUCUUCUCUAGAAGCUCCACUAGAUGAACACGAUACAUAGUCACAAGAAAAAACUCAAGAAGAGAAGGUCCUGAGUUUUCGCAAGGAACGAGAAGAUCUAUAAUUCG